CGCGUUUUGUGUGCGUAGAUGUCUGUCCCGUAGUUAUAAAUCAUAGAGUUGCAACGGAGCACUCUACUCGACACUGUUCUAUAAUUAUGAAAUAUCUUCUCGGACGUAAUAGCGUGAAGUAGGUACUUCAAAGUUCAUUCCGAAGGGGACAUUCGAAUGACGCGUAAAUCCAACUAAUGUUACGCAAUGUGGUAUCGGUACCUGUUAUCACCACGGUAAAUUGCCCCGUGAUCAUUCAAUCGCCGUCGGCCGACCAGAACGGGUCCAACCUUUCGUAAGCUGCAACGGGAUGGCGUCGAGCGCAUUGCUGAUUCUCGGAGCAGUUGGACUCCUGGGAUUUUCAGCGCCGUUGGUAUCGUCGCUCAACAUACUUGGUAUCGCGCCUCUACCUUCAAAGUCGCAUCAUUUGUGGCAUACGGAAUUGAUGAAAGGAUUGGCCAGGAAAGGUCAUCAAAUAUAUUCGGUCGGCAUUGAACCAACGGAAUUCGGAGACAGCGUCGUCCGAGAAAAUCAAACUAGGUCAAUCGUCCUAGAAGACAUGAUAUCUUGUCUGAACAAAGACGGUAAUUUCGACCCUAUUUCAUGGCGUAAACUGAGUCCGAUGCAAACUACCGUUGAGUUGUAUUCCGUUUGUAACAUCCUUUGCGAUUACGCAACGAAAACCAAUGGCGGCAAAGAGGCUCUGGAACUAGUCAGAAAUACAAAGAUAGACGUCAUCGUGAUGGAUAUCACUAUGGGACAGUGUUUCUACGGGCUUCGGGAGGAAGCCCUUGGUAAUCCACCACUCGUUGGAUUUACGCCAUUCGGCUCUCCGGGUUGGGUGAAGGAUAUAGUAGGUGGUAGCAACUGGCCGGCGUUCAAAGGUUACGAAAAUUAUCAGAAGGCGCCUCCUUUUAAUCUGUGGGAAAGGACGUGGAAUUUGAUUUAUUAUCAAGUGGACGACUUCUGUAGAAAAUUUUAUUAUCUACCGAGGGAGAAAGAAGUCGCCGAGGCGUAUAUCGGCAGAAAAUUGGAGAAAUCCUUGGAAGACAUAGAGAGAGAAAUGACCACGCUGUUAACGAAUACCCACGCGAGUUUCGAUGCGGGAACGUUUUUACCGCCGAACGUCAUCGAAAUCGGUGGACUUCAUGUCAAAGAUACAAAACCACUGCCGCAGGAUAUCAAAAAGUUCAUCGACGAAGCCGAACACGGAGUGGUCGUAUUGUCGCUAGGAACUAACGUCCAGAGCAGUACGUUGGGAACGGAGAAAUUACAGGCGAUUGUUUCCGCAUUAGGACAAUUGAAGGAAAGAGUAGUGUGGAAAUUCGAAACGGAUACUUUGCCUAAUCUACCUAAGAAUGUCAUGAUAAAAAAAUGGCUUCCCCAAAGUGACAUAUUGGCUCAUCCAAAAAUACGAGCUCUCUGGUCUCACGGCGGCCUUCUGAGUACUCAGGAGGCUGUUUGGCGUGGAAUUCCCGUGAUAGCAAUGCCAUUCUUCAUGGACCAGUACCGCAACAUCGACAUGUUGGUCAGCAAAGGAGUCGGAUUGCGCCUUGAUUACGAUUCGCUAUCGACCGAAACCGUCCUGAAGACUCUUAAACAAAUCCUCACCGAUCCUGGUAUUACGACCAGGAUGAAGAAGCUCUCAGCGGCGUACAGAGACAGGCCCAUGUCUCCGAUCGACACAGCGAUUUGGUACAUCGAACACGCCGUUCGGCAUCCCGAUGGUCCGUUGAGUUCCCCGGGCAGAAAUAUGAGCUGGGUACAGUUCCACCUCGUCGACGUCUACGCGGUACUGGGACUUGUUUUUCUCCUGGUCGCCUGGAUUUUGAAACUACUUCUGAAAACGGUGUACAACCUCGUCUUCCGGCGCGGAAACAAAGUAGAACCUAAACUGAAGCGGAAGUGAUCGAAGACAUUCUCGUCGUGGUAUGCUGCUCGGCCACUUCGUGGCAAGAAAGUAACGCUUUUUAGAUGAUCAUCACCACCUUCGGCCGGGCAUUCGCUAUCUUUCGUGGUUACAGGAAUAUUCCUCGUGUCAAUACGCUAGGAAGCGAUGUUUUUAUUGGACAAUACUUUAGAAAACUGUUCCACCCGCUACGACGUUCCAGUGUUGGCCGUUCGUCGAUUCGAGCUAGCCGACUGUAGGUUCUCGUUCAACAUGAAUAUGGGAAUCGAUUCACUGUUCGUUUCAUGAAACUGUACGUUCAAUGAAAUUAUUGUCAAAGUUCAAAAUUCAGUGCACUCACGGAUGUAUCGAAAAAUUUUCUUUUUUUUUUCUCAAAUGAGAGAUAAAACACCGAACUGUA